UCCUAAAAUUGUAAAGAUUUGUUUUGGCUCAAAAUGUGAAAAUUUUCCUUAAAAAGGCGCUCGGGAAAAUCGGAGAUUCCCCAAAAAUCCUCCACAGUUAAAAUAAUUCCUAAAAAUUAUUCCAGACAUGCAAAUUUUGGGGAUCCCCAAAUUUUGGACGCCCCAAAUCCGCCCCCGUCACUUCGGUGCUGCCACGCCCCAAAUUCGGCGGAUUUUGCCCCAAAUUCGGCGGAUUUUGCCCCAAAUUGGGGCGUUACCUGCCUCAAGCCCCGCCCCCUCAGGUGUUGCUCCUCCCUCCAGGUGCGCCGCCUCCGUCCGGCCCCGCCCAGCCCCGCCCCCAGCCGCAGGGGCAGCCACGCCCACAAAUGGGAGGAGCUUCGCCCCGCCCCGCCCAGCCCGGCCCCGCCCAACCGCGAGGCCCCGCCCAGCCCCGCCCCCAAACCCCGCCCAGCCACGCCCAGCCACGCCCACAAACCCCGCCCAGCCCCGCCCAGCCCCGCCCACAAACCCCGCCCGGCUCCCAACAGCCACACCCACAGGCCACGCCCACCUCACAGCCACGCCCACCCAGCCCUCAGCCACGCCCACAAGCCCCGCCCACCUCCUCUCAGCCACGCCCACAGACCUCGCCCACGGCCACACCCCGCCCUCAAGCCCCGCCCACCGCCCAGCCACGCCCACCAGGCCCGGCCACGCCCCACCAGCCACGCCCGCAAGCCCCGCCCACUUUGCAGCCACGCCCACAAUCCCCGCCCACCUCUGCCCCUCAGCCACGCCCACAAGGUGCGACAUCACCCCAGCCACGCCCACAAGCCCCGCCCACCUCUGCCCCUCAGCCACGCCCACAAGGUGUGACAUCACCCCAGCCCCGCCCGCAAGCCCCGCCCACCUCCCCUCAGCCCCGCCCCCCUGGCCCACAAGCCCCGCCCACCUCCCCCCAGCCCCGCCUCCAGCGUUCGCCCUCCGUGCCCCAGCCCCGCCCACAAGCCCCGCCCACCUCCCCUCAGCCCCGCCCCCCUGGCCCACAAGCCCCGCCCACCACCCGCCAGCCCCGCCCCCAGGCCCCGCCCAUCGCCCCCAAACCGCCGCUGGCCCCCAAACCGGGCGGGGCCCCUCCCCCCAGCCCCGCCCCCGAGCAGGGCCCCCCCGAGAGCCUCCGGGCGCUGCGGCAGAGCUUCGCCAGCCUCUUCGAGUGACCCC